AUGGCCGCUGAAAACCGCCUCCCGCUUCUCCUCUCAAAGCCCCUGGUGGUUCAGCAAACCCCACACUCUGGCCACGGAUUCCUCCACUACAGACGUCUCCGGUGGUUAAGCAAGGACAGUGGCAAAACCGCCGGAGGUGGCGCGUGUCCUACCGCUGGGCUUCGGCGGAGGCGGCACAUCGGUUGUGCUGAGGGCUCCGGGGUAGGCGGCCCAUUGGUUGGGGCUGAGGGCUCCAGCAUAGGCAGGACUGAAGGCGGGUCAGGACGAGAGCCCCGUGGCGAUGUCGGCGACGGCACUGGACCUCGAUGCAUCACGGCUGAAGCCAGCGGUGGGCAUGCCUCCUGUCGCGUGAAUGGGGCGGCGGAUGCCUCCAUGGAGAUCCGGGGUAAAGACGGUUGCCAGAACAAGCGAGGCAAGGGUCCAGAUGAUGCGGCUGCGCAUUCCGGAGGGUUGAAAGGCAAUGUUUACGCUCGGACCCUGACGAAAAAACGGUCUUGCGCGGCAAGAAGCCCGACCAACAGGGAGACACUAGUCCGGACUCCGGAGGACGGCGACGACUUCAUGGAUCUUCCUCGUAGAGGUCCUGCUGGCCGGCGACUUCUCCGAUGUACGACAAACUCAUGCCUCUUCUACCGCUCGUGGGGGAAGCAAGAAACCACAUGCCCCAGGAGGCAGCAUUACUCCCAAGCGGACAGGUCUGCAUAA